CCGCCCCCCAAAGCUGCCAUUUUUUCCCUCCUCUCUCUCUCUCGACCCACCUUGCCGACGAACGCUCGCCGCUGCUGCCGGCGGUCCGGGGCUGGGAGGCUUCGCGGAGAGUGCCUUCGAGCUGCGACUCUUCUUUUGGGUUGGCGCGCCGCCGGACUAGCUGCUCGGAGAAGUUCUUGUGAUUCUUGUUUUGUGCGUCUCUUUGGGACUGUCUGGGUUUCACCGAGGCGGCUGAUCAGGAUUUGGGAAUGAGCCGUCAGAUAGACGAGGGCCCCGAAUUCGAUGGGGAUGACUUGAUUUCUGUUCUAGGAAUGACGACAACUUUUGAAGAGUGAUGACAUGCCAUGUGGAUAUCAUAAUAUAGAACUGUAUUUGUUGAAAAUUAAGGCCGUUAUAGUAGUUUCGGAUUAUCGGUAAUGGGUUGUUUUUGUAUCUUUGGCAAUAGUAGAAGGGCAAGCCGACAGCAAAGUUCUCAGCAUAAUGAUGACCUCUCUGGUGAUAUGAAUAUAACGAAAUUCACUUACAAGGAGCUUACAAGAGUUACCGAAAAUUUUAGCCCAUCUAAUAAGAUUGGCGAGGGAGGUUUUGGAUCUGUGUAUAAGGGGAAGCUAAGGAAUGGAAACUUUGUUGCUGUCAAGGUGCUAUCUUUAGAGUCAAAACAGGGAGUAAAGGAGUUUUUGAACGAACUCAUAGCAAUUUCAAAUGUAUCUCAUGAAAAUCUUGUCAAGCUUUAUGGCUAUUGUGUGGAAGGAAACCAAAGAAUCCUCGUCUACAAUUAUCUUGAAAAUAACAGUCUUGCACAAACACUUCUAGGUCAUGGCCAGAGCAACAUCCAGUUCAACUGGGUUACUCGAGUAAAUAUUUGUGUUGGCAUUGCCCGUGGACUAGCAUACCUCCAUGAUGCUGUAAAUCCUCACAUCGUUCACCGGGAUAUCAAAGCGAGCAACAUACUUCUAGAUAAGGACCUUACACCAAAAAUAUCUGAUUUCGGUUUAGCAAAGCUUUUGCCUCCAGAUGCAUCACAUGUUAGCACAAGGGUUGCUGGAACAUUAGGUUACCUUGCUCCAGAGUAUGCCAUUCGAGGACAAGUGACACGGAAGUCAGAUGUUUAUAGUUUCGGUGUUCUGUUACUAGAAAUAAUUAGUGGGAGAUCCAACACCAAUACAAGAUUACCCUAUGAAGAUCAGAUACUUCUUGAAAGGUUUCCAGAGAUCACAAAUGGGGUUCUCCUCUUGCAGACAUGGGUGCAUUAUGAGGAGGGUGAUUUGGAGAAAAUCAUAGACGCUUCUUUGGAUGAUGACUUGGAUGUUGAACAAGCCUGUAGAUUCCUGAAAAUUGGGCUUUUGUGUACACAAGAUGUCACGAAACAUCGACCGACAAUGUCUGUAGUCGUCCGCAUGCUAACAGGUGAAUUGGAUGUUGACCUGGAGAGGAUCAGCAAGCCUGCAAUAAUUAGCGACUUCAUGGAUCUUAAGGUCAGGAGCAUGAGGAAAGAAGUUGACAUAGUUACAUCCUCGACCUCCACAUUGCUAUCUUCCAUUAUGGCUCACUCUUCUCCUUUGUUGUCACAAGAGACAACAGAAGCUUCCAUGACAUUCACUGCGAUAUCAGAUCGUGAGUGACCUGAAGAUGGCUGCAGAUACGAAGAUCACGAUGAGAAAAGAUAGUGUAGGAGAAUGUUUCCUGAAAUCUUUUUUACUGCUGGUUUGGUUUUCUUUAUGUAUAGAUUUACUUCAUUUAUAUACUGAAAAUCUCAGUAAAGGAAGUACAUAAUAGUAUCUUGUUUGUUCAUUGAAUGGCUUCUGCUUUUGUUGUGCAAUUUACACUUCUUCAUUGUACACGCAAACCUUGUCCUGCUGAUUGUGUUCUGAGAUAAAUUGCCAAAAGAGAACUUGUCUACA